UAGAGAGAUACACAGGACUACAGAACUACGGCCACUCCUCAGUGCUGUUAGCUUAACUUGUCCAUCCUAAGCAACUAAGUGCUAACAGAGUGCAUUUUUCAUAUAUACAGUAUAUAUACCGCAUAGGAUCAGGACAAAAUGUGGCAAAAGGCAACCAUUGUAUAUGUGCUUAUACUUGCCAUCGCACAAUCAGCUUCAACAACAACAACAACUGGGGCAACAACUGAAACUGGGGCUACACAACCAACUACGACUGGAGGAACACAAUCAACUACGACUGGAGGAACACAAUCAACUACGACCGGAGAAACACAAUCAACUAUGAAUGGAGGAACUCAAUCAACUACAACUGGAGCAACACAAUCAACUGCAACUGGAGGAACACAAUCAACUACAACUGGAGCAACACAAUCAACUACAACUGGAGAAACAGAAUCAACUGCAACUGGAGAAACGCAAACGACACCAGCACCCACGCCUACAGCGACUCUAUCAGCUACAACUGGAGCAACACAAUCAGCUACAACUGGAGCAACACAAUCAACUAUAACUGGAGGAACGCAAUCAACUACAACUGCAGGAACACAAUCAGCUAUGAAUGGAGGAUCUCAAUCAACUACAACAACAGCAGCAGAAUCAACUGAAACUGGGGCUACACAAUCAACCUCAACUGGAGAAACAGAGUCAACUGCAACUGGAGAAACGCAAACGACACCAGCACCCACGCCUACAGCGACUCUAUCAGCUACAACUGGAGCAACACAAUCAGCUACAACUGGAGCAACACAAUCAACUACAACUGGAGGAACGCAAUCAACUACAACUGCAGGAACACAAUCAGCUAUGAAUGGAGGAUCUCAAUCAACUACAACUACAGCAGCAGAAUCAACUGAAACUGGGGCUACACAAUCAACUACAACUGGUGGAACACAAUCAACUAUGACCAGAGAAACACAAUCAACUACAACUGGAGCAACACAAUCAACUGCAACUGGAGGAACACAAUCAACUACAACUGGAGCAAUACAAUCAACUACAACUGGAGCAACACAAUCAACCUCAACUGGAGCAACACAAUCAGCUAUGACUGGAGGAACUCAAUCAUCUACAACUACAGCAGCAGAAUCAACUGAAACUGGGGCUACACAAUCAACUACACCUGGUGGAACACAAUCAACUAUGACCGGAGAAACACAAUCAACGACAACUGAAGAAACACAAUCAACUACAACUGGAGCAACACAAUCAACGACAACUGGAACAAUGACUGAAGUAACACAAGAAGCCACAUCCACUGUCCCUGCAGAAGUGGCCCCUACUACUACAAAUACCCCAGCCCCUUCUACCCCUACUACCACCACAAUGCCCACCACAACAACAGCGCCCAUCACAACAACAGCGCCCACAACAACAACAAUGCCCACCACAACAAUAGCGCCCACCACAACAAUAGCGCCCACCACAACAAUAGCGCCCACCACAACAACAAUGCCCAUCACAACAGCGCCCACCACAAGAUCAGCGCCCACCACAACAACGGCCACAACAACUACAACUCCCGCUACAACUCAACCUCCUCGUCCAGCUCCAGUUAUUGAGCUUGAAGUUGUCCUUGUCAUAGUGUUUCAACAAGCUCUUACUGACCCACAGAGCACAGCAUUCCAGACACAAGCAAUGAUAGUUGAAAAUGCAUGUAACUUGAUCUAUCGACGGCGUUUUGGAAUCUUCUUUGAAGAAUGCAUUGUGAGAGGAUUCAGGUUGGUUUCUCGAAACCGAAUGGACAAUGUUGAGACAGAUGUUGACCUUGUGUUUGAUACUGAUUCAACGGAACCCCUCCCAUCAAAUGCAGAUGUUGUGGAGACCUUGCGUACUGCCAUAAAUGACUCUAAUUCAGGCUUUAAUCUGACUGUGCUUCCCGGAUCCAUUUCUGUGACAAGUGCCCCCCGCUCAAGAAGCACUCCCCAGUUCGGCACCAACGAAACAUUUACUGCCGAUCUUUCAAAUUCCAGUUCCGAUGCCUUCCGUGCCAGAUCCACCCUCAUUAAAGCAGAGCUUGAGCCGUUUUUCUUGCAAGACUUUGAAUCAGAUUUCAUCAGGCUUACCCCAACAAGCUUCAGCAAUGGAUCAAUUAUCCAUAUGAUGGACAUUACUGUGACUGCAAACGGCACAUUUCCCAAUGAAACGCAGAUUAUUGCCACUUUGAUGAGAGCUGUUCAGAGUGGAAAUGUGUCACUCCCCAUCAUCUCCAUCAAUGGCACAGCGCUGUCAGCAGGUGAAAUCAGCAGCAAGAUUAACUUCCUGAGUGCCUGUGGGCUCACCAUCAUAUCCCUCCUUGUGGUUCAGCUCUGGUAGGCUUGGAGAACGCGUUGACCUUUGACUUUGUGCACACAGAGCCUACUGUCAUCACAAAGAGGUGACCUUCCACCAACCCUUAUUGUAUUACUCCACUUUUAUAAUGACCAUCUGACCUAAGUCACACAAACAGCAAGAUCAAACUAAUCUCUCAUAUUCUGCACUUGGAUCUUUUACUUUGUGACUGUUGCUAUGGGAAAUGGCAUACAAUUGUGAGAUGUCCAAAUGAAUCUUGUUGCACUAACCACUCUGAAUGUUUUAAUCUUUUGGAUUAGGUAUUGGUUGUGAUGAAAGAAGAAAGAGCAAAAAGAUGUAUAACUGCACUGACUUGAGUCAGUGAUCGUAAGUGUACUGUAAGUGUCUUGUCAAAAAUUAGAGGAAUGAAAGAUUUCUAAUGUCAAAUAAAAAAACGAAAUAUAGUAUCAUGUGGGAGAAAAGCAGAUGUAGAACAGUCUGUAUGUAGUUUUGUACUGUGGUUCAUUUUCACUCAUUACAUGUCCUCAAUUUAUUUAACAUGUUUCUUUGAUGAUGCACUUUUUUUUAACUUAGCUCAGGAGACCCAAUUGUGUGUUUGUUAUAGAGGAAAUAUACUA